GAGUAUUAAAGCCAAACGCGCGAGCCUAGUUUAUUGAGUUUGAGCUGUGUGGAGGAGCGUGUGUGCUUGUUUUCUUGUAAUUAAGGUUUGUAGAUAAUGAAUUCGGAAAUGAGACAGAUCGGGAACACAAAGAGCUUUUGCAAUAGUGGGGUUCAGAGUGGAUCAACUGUGAGGCGAACACUGCAGGUCCUUCAGCCCUCUGCAACAACUGGGCAUCUGGUUGGCAGAGCAGGAGAGCCAGUUAAGUCAUUCUCAAAGAGAAAACUGUGGAUUGCUGAGCAACAAAAGGGAUCAAAGAGGGUGAAGGCAGAAGUCAAAGUUUACACGGAGGGCAGUGAAAACAAGAACACGUCUGAGGAAAUGACAAAGGAGGCAUAUGAGCUUAUGGUCAAAGAAAUCCCACCAUCUGCCUACUGGAAAGAGGUUGCCGAAGAAAGGAGGAAAGCACUCUAUAAUGUUCUUCAAGAAAAUGAAAAGUUGCACAGGGAGAUUGAAUCCAGAGAUGAGCAGGUCACCCAAUUAAGGCAAGAAAAUGAAGAACUUCAGGAACUUGCACAACAUGUUCAGUACAUGGCAGAUAUGAUUGAGAGGUUAACUGGAAAGAGUCCGGAUAGUAUUGAAGCUGUGAGAGACCUGGACUUGGAAGAACAAGAAGAGGAUCAAGAUGAAGACUUGAGCAGUGAGGAAGAGGAGUUUUUGGAAGAGGACUAUGAGGAACCUGCUGCAUCAGUGUCUGAUUCUGUUAACCAAAUUUAACUUUUUUUAAAAUGGGAACCAAAGUGCAACAAAAGACUCCUCAUGCAGUACAUAUUUAAAUUGUUCCUAUGGUGAGAUUCUGCCUGAACAAGCUCACUCCUGAUUGUUCCUGUAAUUUGCUCACACUGCCUUGUGUAAGGGAAUUCCCCCCCCCUCCCCAAACUACUACGAAGCUUCCAUUAUUUUUAUUUUGUCUGGCCUAUAGGUAGCUUAGUUUUUGGCCAUUACCCGUUUUGGAUAUAGAACCCAAAAAAGGGUUGUUGUUAAAGGAUGAGUGGUUCCAUGCUUUUAUCAAGACGGGUUGAAUUGUUCUCCCUGCGGAAUCAAGACUGGUUUCUUGUCUUGCACAAAUUGGGGAGGUAUCGGCUCAGUUUGACACUGGGGACCUGGAUGUAAAUGGUUAUUAAAGUCCAUUAUAUAAUUUGGGUUUGACCAGCUGUUGAUGUAAAAUCUUUGUGCAGUUUUAAUGCAUGUGAUCUGUACAUAGUUACCUAAAAGGUAUUUCACUUGUACAUUUUAAUAAACUGAAUUUAAUUUAA